AUAGUCGAUGUUGAGCGUUCAAUACGAGCGGUUUAGAAAAAAGAAACUAAAAUAAUUUAAAUAUUAAACUAAGAAAAAAACCUUAAAACGCGCCAAAGAAAACGGGCCUUUAAAUGCAUUAAUAUAUUUUUGUUUAGUUUAUUUGAGAUUUUUGACUAAAUUAAAGCAAAUUGUUUAAUAAGAAAAUUAGUUGAAAUAAGGCUGGCUAAGAGAAACAUAUAAAAAAUAUUAAAUAAAUUUAAGAAAAGAAAAAAAAUAAAGGAAAUUAACAUUAAAUAACAUUAAUAAAUAAAGUGAAAAAUAACAAACAAAAAAUUGGCAACUGGAUAAAAAGUGUUGUCAUUGUUUUUCUUAAUCCGUGUUAUUUACAAAAAAAAAGUUUUGAAAUUUGAGAUGUAAUUUCUUUAGUUUUAGUAGUUUGUUUGAGUGUCUAUUUACAUUUUGCAACAUUGCAACAAGCCAUACAAAAAGAAAAUAACCAAAUAAAUAUCGUAUCGUAAAAGGAAAAUGAAAAAUCCACCCAGCUGUAGUGGAAAAAUGCUGGAAAAAAGUGAAAUUAUAAAUCGUUUUUUUGGUCGUCGUCAUCAUCAUCGUCGCGGUUGUCAUAGUGGCCUUUGGCCAAUUGCCAUUUUAUAUGCGGUAUUUUCCAUGCAACUUUUUGGAAGUUCAAUGGCUUUUACCAUACUUUCGCCCUUUAGUUAUACAUCUUUAAGUUUUAAGAAUCUUUUAAACAGUGUCCUGCUCUCCAGUAACGCCAAUUUGGCCGGCGGUGGUCGUAAUUUGAAAUCAGAUGUUUUGGAAGAUGCUUCACUGAUAACGGUAAGUUUGAUUUAUUUUGCCAAGUUAUAAAAAUAUUGAACCUUUUUAUUUUGCGGCAAACAAGAAAAGUGUUUUUCUUUUUUUUUAAUUUUCUAGUGAGAGUUUAUUUAAAUGACAGUUGUAAAAAUAAGCAAAAGAAACUUUAAAGACAAAAUUUUUUUUUUUGUACAAAAAGAAUUGGAACGUAACAAAUUUGUCUUCAUAUAAAAAAAUUAGUUCAUCAUAAUUAUCGUUUCUAAGUAUGCGUCGUAAUUUGUUUUAAAGUUUCAUUUUCUUUACAUGUUUUUCUAACAUUUCUUACGAUCU